CAUUGCUGUUCUUGCGUAGCUUGGAGGGAGGGAGGCAAUGGCGAUCGUGUCGCGGUCUAGGAGGCUUGCGGCGCCGAUGGUGGCGGCGGUGGUGCUGCUGCUGCUGUUUGCGGUGGCGGCGACGGCCGGCGUGGCGACGAAGACGGACGCCGGCGCCGGCACGGACGCGGCGAGUAAUAAGGGGGAUGAGUCGUGGACGGAGUGGGCCAAGGACAAGAUCACCGAGGGGCUGGGGCUGAAGCACGGUGUCCACGACGUCGACGAGGAGGAGGCCGCGCGCAAGGCUGGCCACGCUGCCAAGUCCGCGCGCGAGUCUGCCCAGCACACCGCCUCCGAGGCAGGGAGGCAGACGAGCAAGAAGGCCGGGGACGCCAAGGAGGCGGCGGAGGCAACCGCGUCGGGCGCGUCGAGCAAGGCGGAGCAUGCCAAGGACAAGACGAAGGAGGCGGUGAAGGGCGCCGCCGGCGAGGCGUCCAAGAGAGCGGAGCAGGCCAAGCACAAGACCAAGGAGGCGGCCGAGGCGGCCGGCGAGAGGGGCGCCGAGGUGCACGAGCAGUCGAAGCAGGGCAAGGCCAAGGUCGAGGAGACGGCCAAGGAGAAGGCCGGCGAGGGGUACGAAGCCGCCAAGGACAAGGCCGGCAAGGCACAGGAGACGCUGCGGCAGUCCACCGACGCCGUCAGGGACAAGGCCGGCAAGGCGCACGAGACGCUGAGGCAGUCCACCGACGCCGCCGCGGAGAAGGCCGGGGCGGCGAAGGACGCGGCAUGGGAGAAGGCCGGCUCGGCCAAGGACACCGCCUCACAGAAGGCCGCCUCGGCGAAGGACGCGGCCUGGGAGAAGGCGGAGGCGGCCGGCGAGAAGGCCCGCCAGUCCAAGGAGGCGGCGAAAGGGACGGCCAGCGAGAAGGCGGGAGCGGCGAAGGACGCCGCGUGGGAGAAGGCGGAGGCCGCGAAGGACACCGCGUGGGAGACGGCGGAGGCGGCCAAGGGGAAGGCGAACGAGGGGUACGAGAAGGUGAAGGAGAAGGCGAGGGAGACGGCCGACGCGGCCAAGGAGAAGAUCGAGGAGGUCAAGGAGCGCGUCACCGGCGCCGACACCGACGCCAAGGAGAAGCAUCACCGCCACGACGACGGCAAGCACAAGAAGCCCCGGACGGUCGACGAGCUCUAAGCUCGCCGCCG